CAGAGCAAAGAGAGAGGGAGAAAGCUGAGUGGAGAGAAGACGCUCUCAGAUCAGUCAGUGGCUUCAUGGAGUUAUGUACCUCUGAUCCGCCGCCAUGGAUUGCAAUCCGCGAUCACUCCUUUUCAUUUUACCUCUUUUAUUGUCCUGUGCUCUUCCUGCGUUUCCCAUCAUCUACCCUCCUAAUGAAGUCAACCUGUUAGACUCCAAAGCAAGCCAAGGGGAGUUAGGAUGGAUUUCCUACCCAUUGCAUGGGUGGGAGGAGAUCAGUGGGGUGGAUGAGCACUACACUCCCAUCAGGACUUUCCAGGUCUGCAAUGUGAUGGAGUACAGCCAGAACAACUGGCUUCGCACCAACUGGAUCCCUCGCCAGUCAGCCCAGAAGAUCUAUGUGGAGCUGAAGUUCACCCUGAGGGACUGCAACUCCAUCCCGUUGGUCCUGGGCACCUGCAAGGAGACCUUCAACCUCCUCUACCUGGAGACAGACGAUGACCAGGGCAGUCACUUCAGGGAGCACCAGUUCUCCAAGAUCGACACCAUCGCCGCUGAUGAGAGUUUCACCCAAAUGGACCUUGGCGAUCGCAUCCUCAAGCUCAACACUGAGGUGCGUGAAGUGGGCCCCAUGACCAAGAAGGGCUUCUACCUGGCGUUCCAGGAUGUGGGCGCCUGCGUAGCUUUAGUUUCAGUGAGGGUUUACUUUAAGAAGUGCCCACAAACAGUGAGGAAUCUGGCAUCCUUCCCUGAUACGGUGCCAAUGGACUCCCAGUCACUGGUGGAGGUCAAAGGCUCAUGCGUCAAUCACUCCAAAGAGGAGGAGCCUCCACGAAUGUACUGCAGCACAGAGGGGGAGUGGCUUGUGCCUAUUGGGAAGUGUCUAUGUAACCCAGGGUACGAGGAGAGGAGCAACACCUGCCAAAUGUGCAGGGCGGGCUUCUACAAAUCUACGCUCGGGAACGUGGAGUGUUCAAAGUGUCCGCCUCAUAGUUUCUCUCACCAUGAGGGGUCGCUGCACUGCGGCUGUGACAAAAACUACUUCCGUGCCGAGGGAGACCCCGCCUCUAUGGCCUGUACUCGCCCUCCUUCAGCUCCUCGAAAUGUGAUCUCUUCCAUCAACGAGACUUCAGUCAUACUUGAAUGGAGCUGGCCGGAGGACACUGGUGGCCGCAGGGACAUCACCUUCACUGUCCUCUGCAAAUGCUGCCGUGGUGGGGGUGGGAACGGCAGCAAUGGUGGCACUCAGCGUUGUGAGCCUUGCAGAAGCAAUGUGCGAUUUCUACCGAGAUCCACUGGGCUCCACAACACCACGGUGACAGUGGGUGACCUGCUAGCCCACACCAACUACACAUUUGAGAUUGAGGCGCUGAACGGUGUGUCAUCGUUGGCACCCAAGAUGAGGCAGUACGCCGCUGUCACCAUCACCACCAACCAAGCCGCUCCCUCUCCAGUAACAGUGAUCAAAAAGGAGAAGACGUCUCGAAACAGUGUCUCUCUGUCCUGGCAGGAGCCAGAAAGACCUAACGGCAUUAUCCUCGACUAUGAGAUCAAAUACUACGAAAAGGAGGAGCAGGAGACCAGCUACACCAUCCUUCGUGCUCGGGGUUGUAAUGUGACUCUGAAUGGUUUGAAGCCCAACACUGCCUACCUGCUGCAGAUCAGAGCUCGCACCGCUGCUGGAUACGGAGCCAGCAGCCCCAGUUUCCAGUUUGAGACCAGCCCCGACUCAGCCUUUUCCAUCUCCAGUGAGAGCAGCCAAGUUGUUCUGAUCGCCAUUUCCUCCGCUGUGGCCAUCAUCCUGCUCACCGUGCUGCUCUACGUCCUGAUUGGCAGGUUUUGUUGCCACAGCAAAUCCAAACAUCCUGAUGAGAAAAGACUGCACUUUGGCAACGGCCACUUGCGUCUGCCGGGUAUCAGGACCUACGUAGAUCCCCACACAUAUGAAGACCCGAGCCAGGCUGUGCACGAGUUCGCCAAGGAGCUGGAUGCCUCCUGCAUCGCCAUUGAUAAAGUGGUGGGAGCAGGUGAGUUCGGCGAGGUGUGCAGCGGUCGCUUGAAGCUGCCCAGUAAGAAGGAGAUCUGCGUGGCCAUCAAGACUCUUAAAGGAGGAUACACAGACAAACAGAGGCGGGACUUCCUUGCUGAGGCAUCAAUCAUGGGACAGUUUGAUCAUCCCAACAUCAUCAGGCUGGAGGGUGUGGUAACGCGCAGUAAACCCGUCAUGAUUGUCACAGAGUACAUGGAGAAUGGAUCUCUGGACAGCUUCUUGAGAAAACAUGAUGCCCAGUUUACAGGCAUCCAGUUGGUUGGCAUGCUGCGCGGCAUCGCCUCGGGCAUGAAGUAUCUGUCAGACAUGGGUUACGUUCACCGAGACCUGGCAGCUCGAAACAUCCUCGUCAACAGCAAUCUGGUGUGUAAAGUGUCAGACUUCGGCUUGUCCCGAGUUCUGGAGGAUGACCCGGAGGCCGCUUACACCACCCGGGGAGGUAAGAUCCCUAUCCGGUGGACGGCUCCAGAGGCUAUUGCCUACAGGAAGUUUACAUCAGCCAGUGAUGCAUGGAGUUAUGGCAUUGUGCUCUGGGAGGUGAUGUCAUACGGGGAACGGCCUUACUGGGAGAUGUCUAAUCAGGAUGUAAUAAAGGCUGUAGAUGAGGGUUACCGCCUCCCACCACCCAUGGACUGCCCUGCUACCCUAUACCAACUGAUGUUGGACUGCUGGCAGAAGGAGAGGAACAACCGGCCUAAGUUUGAACAGAUAGUCAGCAUCCUGGAUAAACUCAUACGCAACCCCGGUAGCCUCAAAAUCACGGCCAACACCACAUCCAGGCCAGCCAACUUGUUGUUGGACAGGAGCAGUUCAGAGGUUCCCUCAGUGGGGACGAUGGGUGACUGGAUGGAUGGAAUGAGGACCUUGCCUUGCAAGGAGGCCUUCUCCGGGGUCAGCUACAGCUCCUGUGACACCCUGGCCAAGACUUCCACAGAGGAUUUGAAAAAGGUUGGAGUGACUAUCGUUGGACCGCAGAAGAAGAUCGUGAGCAGCCUCAAAGCCCUUGAAUCCCACACCAAGAAUGGCCCAGUACCUGUUUAAAAAAAUGAAAUCCACAAAUGAAAACCACCAGAGACCUGUCUGUCGGUCUGUGUUAACAGAUUGUGGGAGCUAAUCGCACUCUAACACAGUGACUGUGUAUCCAAACUAUAAUGGAAGUAAAUGGAGGAAUAAUAGGGAAUUAAUCAAACGAGGGCUUUCAUUGUUCCGUUGAAAGACAAUAUCAAGUCCUGACAAAGAAAUGGGAAGAGUCCAGUGCAGCUAGACUCUUGAACCCUCCGUCCUUCCAUGCCCAAGUUGAGAUGCCUUACAGACAAUAAGGGGGUGGGGGUGGUGGGAGUAGAGAGAGCAGAGGGGAGCCAAGGAGGUCCAAGAAACCUGGUCAGGGAUACAAACUUGGACUGGACUGGGAUACAGGGCAAGAAUUGGACAAACAUAAGGCAAAUAUAAAGCUGCAGCUCUCCAAGAUUGGCAAAGCUGGAUAGCAGAGCCGUCCCUUUACAGCCAGUUGGGGACGGGCAUGCUCACAGUCUCCUCCCACCACACCUGAUCAGCAGCCUGCGGAGAAAGGCAGCGGAAUGGCUGAGGUACCCUGUGUGAAAGGUCAUGGCAGACAGCAGCAGCUGACCCCCAUGUGGACCCUUCCUGGACUAAUGAAGUCUUGAGGCGUGAAAUUCUGUUGUAACUACCUACAUUUACUGUUUCUUUCCAUGAGAGAACGAGCUGGUAUAACUAUACGGACACACCUAGACAAUAACUCUGUAAGAUCUAACCUAUAGCAUUUGCAUUCAGUAGACAUGUCACAUAAAAGCAAUAAUUAUAAAUAAUCCAUUAAAUAGUUGCAUUGUAUGGAAGCCAUGAGUCUGUCACAUAUACUAUGUAUUGAACGCUGUGCUUUGGAGGUACAGGGGCCAUAACACACUUCACACAGAGAAUUUUCCAUAUGGUGACAUAUAUGUUCAAUGUGCUUAUGAGCAGAUAUUGUACAGUUAUAGUGCUGUUCCCUCAACCCAAUGCCCUUUGUGUGAAAUCUCAGGAUGUAUACGUUCUUUGUUCUUUUUUCUCUAACAAGGGGAAACAGAUCAAGUAAAUGGAGCAGAACCAGGAAUUGAGGGUGCAAGUUACAAGAGAUGAGAGCAGGAAGAGAGAAAUUGAUAAGAGUUAAAGAGAUGAAGCAGUAUUAUUCAAAACUCUUCUUCAGACAUUCUUGUCGUAUUACAGAAGUGUUUUAAACUAGAAAUGUGUUUGUACUUGAGUUUCUUUUUCAGGGAAGACAAGUUAACAUCAAUAACCAUAAACAACUAUACUCUACUCAGUAAGUUGAGAACACUGCACCUUUGAGGGUGUUAUAAACCUAUGGUCCCCUUGCUUUGGUCUGAAUCCAUAACUUAUUAACAAAAGCCAGAUGAGAUCUGUCAUUUUCGUCUUUGUUCAGAAAUUAUCUCUAAAAAAAGAAAGGACUUUGUUUUUAUUGUAAAAUUUGCUCUUAAUCCAUAAAUUCUGGUGUGUUUAAUGCAAAAAGUAGAGUGCCUCAUGUAUUUGGGUUGGAUCAUGUUGGGAUCACCAUGCAAAAAGCUCCAGUUUUGGUUUGGUUUCAUCAAAGUCUAAUUUCUGUGUUCUCAUAUGGACACACGGUUUAUUGUCACUGCCCUAAACUAGCAAGGUAUGAAAAUCCCCUAAGAGAGAUGCAACACUUCUAAUAAAUGAUUGCUUUCUGAUCGUACAGUACUAGUCAAAAGUUUGGACACAGUUGAAUGACAAAGGGAGUCCAAACUUUUGGGUACUUUAUAUCCAGGAUGGGAUUUCCUGAAGGCACCUUAGAAUUUAGAUGAUACAAUGCAAUACAUAAAGAUGCUGGUCUCCUUCUUUGACGUCACCCAGCCAGUCCCUCAGUGCUACACAUAACCAAUGUUUGUGAAUUGGCACUUUGGUACUUUGUGCUGCUGGAUGAGGAAUAUUCAACUACGAGGGUUCUAUCUUUAAGCUUGUCCCAAAUGCUUAGUAUACGAUAUUUGAGCACUUUGCUUUGAAUGGGAAUGUUAUUGCCUUGGCUAUAGACUAAACUUAUCUAAUGGACAGUGGUGAUUUUGGUGCUUUUGGGAAACCCAGCCCUGUUCAUUGUGUCAGUCAGUCCUCUGUUACUUGGUCUACCUGUGGAUGCUGCUGUUGCUGCUAUGUGGUCUAAUUAGCAUGUACAUAAUGUAAACCAUCGUAAUGAUAGCAACUAGCCCUACAGAUCCCACUAUAUGUACAUGGCCAUCCCUCUUUGUACAAAUUUUUGUAUGUAUAAAAGAAUAAAUAAAAAUUGUGCAACAUUUUUAAUUAAAAAAGAGACAAAAAUCAUCUGU